AUGGUGAAUCUCAAUGAUGAAACUGAUGCGAAAGAACCAGAGCAAUAUGGUGGAGGAUACUUCACAGGUCGGUGCAUUCACGGUUGCUGCUAUGGGGGACGCAACGGAUGCAUCGGCUGUUGUCGAUACCCACACGAGAAAACUAACAGUGUGGGGAUGCAAAAACGCGGCCGUGGUGGUUGCAAAUACGGUUGUUGCGGCAGCUACGCUUAUGGACAGUGUAGCGCAUGUUGCAACCACAGCCAAGUCGCAGAGAACGCUAAGGAGCAGGAAGCAACUCCAGUUUGGGCUCAGGUCCAACCUUGA